AUGACCGUUGCUCUUAUCACCGGAGGAAACGCUGGCAUUGGCGAGGCUGUCGUCCGCCAGUUGGCCAAAAUCCCCAAUUUCCAUGUCAUCAUCGGGUCGCGCAGUCUCGAAUCCGGUGCUAAGGUCGCCGACUCUCUCAAUCAGGAGGGUCACUCCGUCACUGCCAUCCAGCUCGACAUUACCUCCGAUGACUCAGUCGUAAAAGCUAUGGCUGAAAUAACUGAAAGUCACGGCAGGCUUGACGUCCUCGUCAACAACGCCGGCAUUCUCAUCGACACUUCCGAAGAUGCCUACACCUCCAUCCGCGAUCUUUUCUCGAAGACAUUCAACACCAACGUCUUUGGCACCGUAGCCCUGACCGAGGCAGCUCUACCCCUUCUGCAGAAGAGCGACCACCCCCGUGUUGUCUUCGUUUCUUCCACCAUGGGAUCUCUGGAGUUCGCGGGCAAUCCGAACACCCCCUUCUACAACAUCGACUACAAGGCGUACGAUGCUAGUAAGGCCGCCGUCAACAUGCUCGCCGUCAACUACGCGCGCAUUUUAAAGCCAUUUGGUGGGGUCUCUAAUGCCAUCUGCCCUGGCCUGGUCCGAACCAAAAUGAACGGGUUCAUUGAAGCCGGUACCCCAGUCGAGAUAGGAGCUGAGCGAAUUGUCCAACUUGCGACUGCAGCUCCAGGUGGUGUCACCGGAACCUUUUCGAACAGGGAGGGUGGUAUUGCUUGGUAA